GAACCCGAGGCUUUGCUCAUGCUAAGAUGGUGUGCUCCCCCGAGCUGUAACUCCAGCUUCACCUUCUUAAUGAUAAGGAAACAAGAAAAGGAAAGACAUAAGAGGAAAAGGAAUUGGGAUACAGAGUGCCCAUCCUUUCUAGAAGAGAGGCCACUGCAGUCCAAAAGAAUAGGUGUCAGGACAGUGGGAACAGCUGCCUCCCUCUCUGAAGCUUGGCUCAAGUGUGGAGAAGGAUUUCAGGGUACUUCCGGGAGUCAGUCAUUAACAAAGAAGAAGGCAACUACUACAGGAAAGCACCUUGAAUUUUCUCCAAGACCAAAAAAAGAAGCUAUCACGUAUAAGAGUACCGCUGAGUUUACAGAUAUAACAUGGAGUUCCAGUGGAAGUGAUCUGUCAGAUGAAGAUAAGAUACUUUCUGAAUCACAGAAAGAUAAUGGACAUGGCUCUAGAAUAGACAGGAUUUGUAACAGGAAUAUUUUAGGUCCAGAAGAUGGGGCCAGUGAAGAUGAAUUACAAUCUAUUGACUGGGAGAUCAACAGUGACAGGGAAGACGCUAGUGGCUGUAAUGAAGGUGAGGACGGUGAGGGUGCUGCAGAAAUCUCGGAUUGUGCUUCUUGUGCAAGUACUCAUUCAUUGACAAGUGAGGAGAAGCUACCUGAGCUUCCUGAGCCAACUUCUACAGAAAUUUUGGAGUAUUCAUCACAUAGUGAAAAAGAAGAUGACUCAGAGAAUGUCCUAUUCAUUGAUUCAGAAUCCCCUCACAAAUGUGACGUGAAUGUUGGACUGGACACAAGGCAGCUGAUGGACACAGUGAUCAACCCAAGGGUGAAAUCACCAGAACCCAUCUUGUGUACACCCCAGAAACAGACAGCCAAGCUUUCUAGGACUCCAGAAGAUUCAGCAAAGAAGAGGAAACUUCUAAGAGGCGGGCUAGCAGAAAGACUAAAUGGACUGCAAAAUCGAGAGAGAUCUGCUAUUUCUUUGUGGAGACAUCAGUGUGUUUCAUAUCAAAAGACUCUUUCAGGUAGAAAAUCUGGUAUAUUAAUUGUGAAAAUUCUAGAGCUACAUGAAGAAUGCACCAUGCAAGUUGCCACGUGUGAGCAGUUAGCUGGUCCGCCGUCCACCGCCCCUUGCCAAGGUGUGGCCCCUGCACCAGGAGCUUAUCUGAAAGUUCUCUUUUCGCGGGAGACUGCAGGCUACCUCCAGGGCCGUCCCCAGGACAUCAUCCACAUUUUCCCUCCCUGGCAAAAACUUAUUAUCCCAAAUGGAAGUUGUCCUGUUAUUCUGAAUACUUACUUUUGUCAGAAAUUUGUUGCCAAAGAAGAUCCAGAAACAACUCAGAAAGUGUACUGUCGGGAUACACCCCUUCCAAGAAGAAACAUCACUUUGGCUUGGAGGUUUAGAAUUAAGGAUGUAACAGAUAAUUCACCUGAAAUCCAGGUUUUACAUAGUGGCCUGGUCACCACAAGUACAAGCUGGACCCAUGGGCACGAAGAGGCAAAGCAGCACCUCACAAUUGGCACUUCCUCAAAGGAUUCUCUCCUGGAUGUGGUAGAAAGCCAGGGAGCUGCCCCAUAUUCAGAAGUGAGGGUUCAAGUGGUGGUGCAGAGAGUUUAUUUCCUUCCUGGUAGAGACAGCACCAGAGGCCAGCAGAGGAGCACCUCAGGGCAUGAAGACCAACCUGGAACCCGAGUCUGCCUUCUGGUGCAAGAUGCCUAUGGAAUCUUCGGCGAGGUGCACUUGGAGGGUGCCGUCUUGAGGGACAGACAGUUGGAAGGACGCUCCUGCAGCCUGGCGGGCAUGAAGGUUCUACAGAAGGCCACCAGGGGAAGGACACCAGGGCUAUUCAGCCUGCUUGACACUCUGUGGCCCCCAGUGAUGCCUCUUAAAGUCUCUGGCCACAGCCAGCCCUGCAGAGAGGUGGAAACACCUCUUCCUCCUCCUGCCUUCUGUUACAUCUUCUCAGCUCGUCCUAGUCUGGAACAUAUUGAUAUCAUUGAAGAAGACUCCGUUUCUAAGCUUUAUCAGCCUCCAGUUCUCCACUACUUAGGAGAAAUUCUCCAGACUGACCAUCUGGGUGCCCGGUGCAGUUUCUAUGCGAGGGUGAUUUAUCAAAGACCACAGCUGAAGAGUCUGCUUCUUUUGGAGCAAAGGGAGAUAUGGCUGCUUGUGACCGACAUCAGCCUGCAAACGAAGACUCGGAGCGGCCCCCACCUGCCCAAGACCCUGCCAGUCUGUGUGGCCCCCUCGUGUGUGCUGUGCCCGGAAGUUCUGCAGGCGCUCACCGUGGCUGCGCCUCACAGCGUCUUCUUCAGAGAUGCUGUCAGAGACCACGGCCAGAUUAUUUGUGUUGAACGGACUGUCCUCUUGCUUCAAAAGCCCCUUUUGUGUGUGGCCUCUGGUGCUGAUUCCUGUGAGCUGACUGGCCCAGUGGAACUGGAUGAACUGGACUCCCUCACCCCUGUCAACUCCAUUUGUAGUGUACAAGGCACUGUGGUCGAUGUGGAUGAGAGCACUGCUUUCUCCUGGCCUGUGUGUGACCAGUGCGGCAGCGGGCGACUGGAACAAAGGCUGGAAGACAGAGGCGCCUUUUCCUGUGGGGACUGCUCCCGAGUGGUCACGUCUCCUGUUCUGAAGAGGCACCUGCAGGUCUUUCUGGACUGCCCCGCAAGGCCCCAGUGCAGCGUGAAGGUCAAGCUGUUGCAGAGCAGUAUUUCUUCACUGCUGAGGUUUGCCGCCUGCGAGGAUGGGAGCUAUGAAGUGAAGAGUGUCCUCGGAAAGGAGGUGGGGCUGUUAAGCUGUUUUGUCCAGUCCAUCACCACCCACCCAGCCAGCUGCGUUGGAUUGGAGGAAAUCGAGCUUCUGAGCGCAGGAGCAGCUCCGGAGAAGCGCCCGCCCUGGCCGGUGGAUCUGUGAACUUUGCGAGGGCGAGGGUGGGGGCUGUUGAGGUAGUUAUUUGUUAACUAUGGACAGAGCAAAUAGAUUUUACGAUCUUAAAAUAAAAGUUUGAACUUUCCUAGGGCAAAUUUAGGAUGGUUUUGUAAAUUCUAAAUUAAAACAUCUUUUUUAUUUUUUCAUCACCUUUCUAUAAAAUUCAUAUGAAGGAACAUGUUUUGAAAGGUCAACUCAGCCUGGGAUCUUUCUUUUGUAUUUAUCUUGGGCUGUAAUAUCAAUCUAUCUGAAAGAAUUAUGUUGUACAGUUGUAGCUUCAAAGUAUCCAAUUUUUUUUACCAUGAUUUAUCUUUUCCUUACAGUAUUUGUUUUAACCCCUCACCCCAAGUAUACCCUGCAGAACUUAAAAUCUUAUGUCCCAUAUUGUGGUGUGCUACAAUAAACAAAUGUCUACAUCAA